AUGAUUCCAUUAAAAGACAAUCAAGAUGUAGCAUCCUUUCUUGUCACUAAGCACUCCUGGAAGGGAAAGUAUAAACGAGUUUUCUCUAUUGGAACCCAUGGAAUUACCACAUAUAACCCAGACCGUUUGGAGGUGACAAAUAAGUGGCUCUACUCAGAUGUGGUCACAAUAUCCUCUGCAAAGCACUCAAAUUCUGCUGCCAACCAUGACUUUACAUUGGUUAUGAAGAAAGAAAAGAAGAUCGAUUCUAUGAAGUUUUCAUCAGAACACAAGUGUCUUAUAUUGACAGAGGCUUUUAAAUAUCGGCACCAGUAUGCCGAGAAACCCAAAGACAUUUAUAGAUACCAAGCAUACAAACACCAUUGGAGUGGUACACGUCUCCCAAUAGUAUUAGAAGUGGGGCCAUGCUCUCUAGAACAAUUAGACCCAUCAACCCAUACACUACUCGCUAGCUACCCCUACAAUGACAUACAAGGGAUAUUACCGGUCAGAGAUAUUCCUGGUGGCUUUGUAAUAGCUCUAGGAGGCUAUAGUAGGCUACACAUGUUCUCGAAUGCGAUGGAUCAUCAGGGAAUCAUAAAUAAAAUGUUGGAGAUGGCAAAUCUUACAUUGAACAUUAGUAUUAAAGUCCUCUCAGCAAGUAUUACACUGGAAGAUUGCCACAAUCAACGAUUUGGGAAGUACAGUGGUGACCAACACCAGACAUCUUUAAGUGAGUUUUUAGUGCACAAAGUGAAUCCAGCACGGCAUAUGGAACCAAUGAGGCGGACCUUAUGUCUCUCUGAUACAUGUAUUCUAGAAAGAGAUCCACAGACUUAUUCUGUAGUGUGUUUGCGCCCUUUAAGUGAUGUUUUUGCAUUGAUCCGAGAUCCUGAUCACCCACAGAAAUUUUCUAUUGAGUAUUUAAAUGGACAAGUGAGAACGUAUCUAGCUGGAGAAAGGGAUGCACUAUUAGCUUCAUUACUGGAUGGAGUAAGAGGAUCCGGGCAACGGGAUGUUCACGUGCGAAUGUCUCGUACACCCAGAGGCUACCGAUUGGGCCCUUUACACCAGCCUGUAGAUGAGGAAACAGAGUCUAAUCAUCUUCGGUUAUUCCAGAAUCCCGUAGGAAUGACACGAGUCGAAGUUAUCGAGAGAUUUAACGCUAAUAUUGGAUACAGCGGCCUAAUAUACUCUGUCAGUCAGGACCGCCUGUUCGCUGAAAACAAAGAGAAGUUAAUAACUGGCGCGUUGACCGCGCUAGUGAGCAGUGCCCCGUCAGGGUCAACUCUUAGCCAGCGCGAGUUGGAAGCGCAAUUCCACGCUCUGAGGCGGCUCUGUGCCAGUAAAGUUGGAUUUGCAGCCUUCACCGCUCUUCCUGGGUUUCGCGAGUGGAUAGGCAGUGCUGUAGUGUCGGCGUUACGUCGCGAAUCGGCUGCCUGCUCGCACGCUGCUCUUGAAGCGGUCUGCGCCUUGCUGCAGCCGAUGCACGCUGAACCGGAUCUGCGGCAGGAGCAGUUCAAUAAAGCUAGCAUGUUGUCAUCUCAAGCCUUUCUCGAGGGUUUGCUUGCUAUGUGGGCACAGCAUAUCACCGCAGGUAGCGGUGCGUUAGUGGUCGGAGCGAUGUUGGACUUCCUAACGUUUGCUCUAUGCGUGCCAUACAGUGAGACCACAGAUGGGAAACAAUUCGACCAGCUGCUAGAGAUGGUGGCUACGAGGGGCCGCGUCAUAUUUAGGCUGUUUGAGCAUCCAUCCCACGCGAUAGUAAAAGGCGCUGGGCUGGUCACACGAGCGUUGGUGGAAGAAGGUAGCGGUGGUGUUGGUACCAGAAUUCAAGGUCUUGCGUUAGCUGAAGCUGCACUCCCCAGACAUUUAUUGACUGCUCUGUACGACCAGACAAGGCCGCGACAUGGCAACUUGGCCAGACUACACCAUAGACACUUAGCUAGACAUUUAGUUGCUCUAUGGUUGGUGGAUCAUCCGCCUGCUGCUGAUUUAUUGAGAAGGAUUAUGCCUUCUGGUCUCCUAGCAUUCCUAGAAUCAGCAGAUGCGCCACCGGCUGCCGCAUUGGAGGAGGAAUCGCUGCAGGAGCGUGAUAACUUGCAAUUGGCCCAAGCAGUAAUCAAACCCCGCGGAAAACACUGGGAUGCUGUGAAAUAUGUCGAAAAACAUCUCGAGCACUACGCAUCCAUGGCACUACAGCAUUGGGCUCAGCGCGCGCGCACACCCGACCCGAAAAAGGAACUCCAAGCAAGACCCGUCGUGCUGCGCCGGCGAAGGGAGCGGCUCAAGUCCACUGCGAAUUGGCCGCUGUUCUAUUACCAGUUUCAUAGAGACCACGCUUUGCCUAACCUAAUUUGGAAUCAUACGACUAGAGAAGAACUUCGUAAUGCCCUCGAAAAAGAACUACGCGACUUCACAGCUGAUCGUGAGGUGGCUGGAACGACUCUCACUUCCUGGAACCACGCUGAACUCGAAGUGCAUUACCAGUGCUUGCAGAACGAAGUCAAAAUCGGCGACUACUAUCUCCGGAUACUGCUAGAACAGAAGGACAAUGACGAUAGCCCUAUUAGGAAAUCUUAUGAAUUCUUCAAUGAUCUCUACCACCGCUUCUUGUCGACUCCUAAAGUAGAAAUGAAAUGUAUGUGUUUACAAGCGAUGACUAUUGUAUAUGGGAGAUACUACGAGGAUAUAGGACCGUUUGCUGACACAAAAUACAUUGUGCAAAUGUUAGAUAGGACUUGUGAUAGAAUGGAGAGAGAUAGACUGGUACAGUUCCUAGCGAAGUUGAUAUUACACAAGAAGAAUGUAAGCGAAAUUCUAGAAUGGAAUGGAAUUAGAAUCCUUGUGGAUUUAAUGACACUAGCGCACUUACAUACCUCUCGAGCUAUGGUCCCGACUCAGUCAAACGUGAUUGAGGGUCCAGCGCAGACGAGUGAUGGCGACAGAGAGUGGUAUUACAAUUUGGAGAAAGGAGACAAAGUGGUGAGGAAGGGACCCGUCAGUUUUCAGCAGUUAAAAGAUUUAUACAAGUCGGGCGAGAUUAACAACAAGACGAAAUGCUGGGCGAACAGUAUGGAAGGUUGGCGGGCUGUGGCUGGUAUUCCGCAGUUAAGGUGGAGUGUGGCUGCUCGGGGUCCACCGGCAUUAACUGAAACUGACCUGGCCGCGACUGUACUCGAUCUACUAAUCACAUGCACGAGAUACUAUCCUAGCAGGGAUGACGAAGAUGCAGUGAUAAGACCGCUGCCCAGAGUGAAGAGACUUUUGUCUGAACCGGCUUGCUUAGCUCAUGUUGUGCAACUUCUGCUUACAUUUGACCCCAUUCUAGUGGAAAAGGUUGCAACACUCCUAUACGAAGUGAUGCAGGACAACCCAGAGAUCUCUAAACUGUACCUUACCGGAGUUUUCUAUUUUAUGUUACUGUACACGGGUUCGAACUUGCUACCCAUCGCGAGGUUUUUACGACUCACACAUAUGAAGCAAGCUUUUAGGGCAGAUCAGUCGACGUCUGAUAUAAUGCAACGGUCAAUCCUGGGCCAGUUAUUACCCGAAGCGAUGGUCUGCUACCUGGAAAAUCACGGUUCGGAAAAAUUCGCCCAGAUCUUCCUUGGCGAGUGGGACACACCUGAGGCUAUAUGGAAUUCGGAGAUGAGGCGUAUGUUAAUAAUGAAAGUGUCGGCGCACAUCGGCGAGUUCACACCGCGGCUGCGCGCGCACAUAGCAGCUAGGUACCCGUACUUGGCGAUACCAGCCGUCUGCUAUCCGCAACUGAGCCACGAGCUGUUCUGCAACAUGUUCUACUUGCGGCACUUGUGCGACGAGCACCGCUUCCCUGAUUGGCCUAUACCUGACCCGGUUGGUCUACUAAAGGACGUGCUAGAAGCGUGGCGACGCGAAGUAGACAAGAAACCAGCCUCCAUGACCGCGGAGCAAGCGUACAUAGUUCUGGGCCUCAAUGGCGCUGGUCCACAGGACGAAGCUGCUGUACGGAAGGCCUAUUAUAAGCUGGCGCAGCAAUAUCACCCUGAUAAGAAUCCUGAGGGUCGGGAUCGGUUUGAAGCUGUGAAUCAGGCGUACGAGUUCCUCUGCAGUCGCAAUGUUUGGUCCGGCGACGGCCCUAACACGAAUAACAUUUUACUCAUACUGCGAACUCAAACAAUACUCUUUAAACGAUACUCAGAUGUGCUGGCUCCCUACAAAUAUGCCGGCUACAAACAACUCUUGCGCACGAUGCAGUUGGAAACGGAAGGCGAACAUUUGUUUGCCGAACAAGACGCGUCCGUCGCGUUGUUGCCCGCUGCUGCUGAACUUGCGCACGCGACUGUACACUGUUCGGCCUUGAACGCCGAGGAACUGUGCCGGGAAGACGGCCUACAGGUCCUGAGUUCAGCAUUAUCACGCUGCGUGUCAGUACUCGGUGGAAGUAAAGCGGACAGCACGGCAGCACGCGUGUGCGCACACUGCGCGCGCAGCUUUGCGGUAGCAGCCAGUUUUCCGUCUUGCCGGACAGCGGCCGCUGCGUUAUCUAACCUCGCUGUUGAUCUAGUGCCUCUGUUGAAACGACCGGAACUAGGUGACACAGCGUGCGCGGGCGCAGAAGCGGUGGCAGCCCUAUCAGCUGAGCCGACGUGUCGAGUCCAAUUAGCGAGAGCUGGUGCUAUCCACGCCUUACUGCCUCCUAUUCUGCAAUACGAUUAUACUUUGACAGAAAGCGGAAUGGACACUGAGAAAGCGGCUAGCAAACAGGAAACUGCGAAUCGUCUAGCAGUACAAUGCGUGCGCGCACUGUCCGCCUUCUACGGGCCACACGAAGAACCAUCUCCCAUAGACGACAACAUACGAGCCGCUCUGCAUCUGAUUCUCACGCCUUAUUUAUGCUCGAAGCUUGCCAAUCCAGACACACAUGAACUCUUAAAAACACUAACAUCCAACUGGCGGACGCCAUACCUAGUAUGGGAUAAUAGCACCAGGGCUGAAUUGCGGGAAAUGUUACGCGACUAUCGUUAUCUUAGUGACGACGAUCCACUCAUCACGCCCUUCGAGUACACCGCUCAUGAGCGCUUGUUGCAUGUGGGCGGAGUCUACCUCCAUAUAUACACUGAGCAGCCGGAAUUUACUAUUGAGAAUCCUCAACAAUUCGUUUUAGACUUGUUGAAGUUCGUGGAAGGUGAAAUCCAAAAAGAUCUGACCGAAGAAAGAGCGGAACAUAUCACUCUUGCGUUGAAUUCACUUGCCAACUGUAUUAUAAAGAACCCAGGCGUAGAAAUACAAUGUAACGGUCAGUUCGGGCUUAUCUUCGGUCUUCUGUCUGCUCGCUCGCACCCGUCCGUCUGCGCCGCGGCGUUGCGUUGCGUGUCCGCGGCUGCCGGUUGCCGUGAAUGUGUGGAAGAUGUCGCUGCUAGCGGUCUUCUAGGACAUUUAUUACCGUUACUCGUCGCGAAUCAACAGAACGAAGUUGUACCAGCGCUCGCUGCAUUACUUGCCAGUACUACGCUUGUAAGAGAAGCGUUAGCCAAAGGGGCUGUUAUUUAUCUUCUCGAUUUAUUCUGCAACAAUAAGCAACCAGAGAUGAGAGAGGCUGCUGUAGAUAUACUAGCUAGAAUGAUGUCUGAUAAAUUACACGGUCCGAAGGUUCGGCUAUGCAUAUCUCGGUACAUACCGGGCGUGUUUGCGGAGGCAAUGCGUGAAGCGGGCACACAUAGUGCAGUGCAUAUGUUCGACGCAAGCCACGAACACCCAGAGCUGGUUUGGAGUGAUGAAUCGCGGCAUCGAGUGCGGCAACAAGUUGCUCUGCUUCGUGAUCAGCACUUCGCAAAGCAAAUACGGGAUCCGACCGUCCACUUUGAGGAUAGAGACGUGAAUGACCGAAACGAGGUGCGGUGGGCUCCGCCCGGUGAAAUCGUGGUGGGAGACGUGUACCUCAAACUGUACUUGCAGAAUCCUCAUUGGUCGCUUCGAAGUCCUAAACGGUUUCUACAAGAACUCCUGAGUGAGACUGUUACAGCCUUAGCCAAGGAUACAACCGAGGGAAGCCGUGGCGACAUCUGCGCAAAAGCACUAGCAGUCCUAGUGCGGUCCCAACCGACGUUAGCGGAGGCGUGUGCGCAGCUCGGUGAAGUGCCCCGGCUGACCCGUUUACUGUCAACUUGUCCUAUACACGCCGUCCCGGUUUUGGCGGCACUGGCUAACACUCAGGCAUGUGUAGUGGCGAUGUCACAGACAGAAGUGAUGUCUGGUCUGAAGACAGCGGUGAAGACGUGUCGAGAAGUUGUGGGCGGGGCUUGUGAAACGCUCGCGUCGAUUUUUAAUAGCUCCGUUAACACAGACAAAUUGGUUCUGCAGGCACUAGACUCGGAUUUGAUAGGAGAGCUGCUUACAUUACUAGAAACUGGUAUUGAAGGAGAAACAGCAGCGCGUUUGGUCGGCGCGCUUAAAGCAAUGGCGAAGAACAACGCGCAUGGCGAGCGAGUACGCACGAUACUAUCUCGCUCUCGUAUCUGGGAGCAAUACGCUGCGCAGAGGCACGAUCUAUUUAUAACCUCUGCGCCGAACCAGCAUUCGAUCGCAGCGGCGCCUCACUCCGCUGGUUACCUGACAGCGCCACCUGUUAAUAUCCCCGCGCAACCGCCGCCCAUAGACUGA